GGCGAGAAGGGGGGUGGGGUGUGGAACAGACCAUAAAUAUAAGACCACUGGGCUCACCAGCCACUUCCUCCUGCUUGCUCUUCCACGUCACCGAGACCUAUGCCGCCCUACACCAUCGUCUACUUCCCCACCCGAGGGCGCUGCGAGGCCAUGCGCCUGCUGCUGGCUGACCAGGGCCAGAGCUGGAAGGAGGAGGUGGUGACCAAGGAGAGCUGGCUGCAGGGCCUGCUCAAGGCCUCCUGUCUGUAUGGGCAGCUCCCCAAGUUCCAGGACGGAGACCUCACCCUGUACCAGUCCAAUGCCAUCCUGUGACACCUGGGCCGCUCCUUUGGGCUCUACGGCAAAGACGCGCGGGAGGCGGCGCUGGUGGACAUGGUGAACGACGGCGUGGAGGACAUCCGUAGGCACUGCAGCCAGCUCAUCUAUCGGAGCUACGAGGAGGGCAAGGCCAAGUAUUUUCAGGAGCUGCCGGGGCACCUGAAGCCUUUUGAGACCCUGCUGAUCCAGAACCAGGAGGGCCAGGCCUUCCUGGUGGGUGACCAGAUCUCCUUCGCCGACUACAACCUGCUGGACCUAUUGCUGAAUCACCAGGUCCUGGCCCCUGGCUGCUUGGACUCCCACCCCCUGCUCUUGGCCUAUGUGGCGCGCCUCAGCGCCCGGCCCAAGCUCAAGGCCUACCUGGCCUCCCCCGAGCACGUGAACCGCCCUGUCCACGGAGCCCAAAAGAUAUGAGCCCCUUCAGCCUCCCCUGGGAGAAAGCCUGGCCUUUAGAACCAAUAAACACCAAGA